UGCGCUGUGCGUGCGUGAGUGGGAGGCGGCUCGGGUUCGGCCUUCCAGAGCUCUCGGAGUCAACGUCUCGGCCAUGAGCCGCUUCGGGGCCCGGCUGGCGGGAGCCGCGGCGAGCCCGGCGCCGAGGGCCCGGGGCAGCGAGAACCUCGACAAGAUCGACAUGUCUCUGGAUGAUAUUAUCAAAUUGAAUAGAAAGGAAGGGAAGAAGCAGAACUUUCCAAGACUAAACAAAAGACUCCAGCAAAGUGGUGCCAAGCAAUUCAGAAUGAGAGUUCGCUGGGGAAUCCAACAGAAUUCUGGUUUUGGUAAAAAUAGUCAUAGGGGAAGAGUAAUGCCUGGAAAGAGACGUCCUUAUGGAGUUAUUACUGGCCUUGCAGCUAGGAAAGCAACUGGAAUUCGAAAGGGAAUUAGUCCUAUGAAUCGACCACCUCUGAGUGACAAGAAUAUAGAACGAUAUUUUCCAGUGUUAAAACGGAAGACAAGCCUUCUGAGACAAAGUGAUGUACAGAGGAAACCAGUUGCUGUUCUCAAGAGACCUAAUCAGCUGAAUAGAAAAAAUAACAUUCCAGCCAAUUUCACCAGGAGUGGAAAUAAAUUAAGUCAUCAGAAGGACACUCGUCAGGCAACUUUUCUUUUCAGAAGAGGCCUGAAGGUUCAGGCCCAGUUGAACACAGAACAAAUGCUAAAUGAUGCAGUAGCAAAGAGAACUCGUCAGUGGCGUACUUCCACCACAAAUGGAGGAAUUUUGACUGUAUCUAUUGACAAUCCAGGAGCAGUGCAGUCCCCAAUAACACAGAAACCACGAUUAGCACGUUCUGCUGUACCCUCAUUCUUGACAAAACGGGAGCAGUCUGAUGUAAAGAAAGUUCCUAAAGGUGUCCCCCUACAAUUUGACAUAAAUAGUGUUGGAAAACAGACAGGAAUGACGUUGAAUGAGCGGUUUGGGAUCCUAAAGGAGCAGAGAGCGACUCUCUCGUUCAACAAAGGGGGAAACCGUUUUGUGACUGUGGGAUAGAUCUCAUUCAGAGGGACUUCUGAGUGAUGACUCAGUUUUAAAAGUUGAAUUGCUUGAAGAAUUUAUCUCAAAUUCAAGAAACUAUUUGACAAAAUUCACAAGGCUAAAUAACUCUUAUUUUUAUUUUUGAAUUUUUUAACAUGUAUAAAUAAUACCCUGAAAGAAUAACAGGGAAUAUACUUAUCUGUUCUGAAAGAUUUCAUGGUGGCCCAGACAGAAAUAUUCUUUCUGUGACUUCUUUCUUCUUCAUGCAGCAGAAAUAAGAUAGAAAGUGAUUAUUUUUAUGAUGGUGAUAUCUAGGAUCCCAUUGCCUUUGACCAUUUUUUACACUUUACCAUGGUAAAUCUUAGUCUUCUAAAUAUGGGUAUGUCCCUUUGAUGCUGUUACCCUUUAAUACUGUUGAUGUAAUAAGUGCAGUUGACUUUUCUUCAUUAUAGAUAAAAAAGAUUACUUGGAUUACAGUUUUGGGUUUUAAGACUUAGUGGGAAUAUCUAGAACUUGGUUCUUUUCAGAUAAUGUUAGAUUAUUCCUCCAGAGUUGUACAAAUCUUUAUUACUGAACGUUUUAACAAGCAAUUUGGCUCUAGUAUUAGUCUCAUUCUAAAAUAUUGGGGUUUGAAGACUAUAAUUGCAUGUUUAUAAAAGUUACUUGCUAUCUGACUUUGGAGAAGGUCCUCCACAUGUAAAAAUCUGGUGGUGUAUUUAAUGAAAGAAGGCAUGAGAGGAAGUUGCAGGUUGAAGAUAGUAAACCUGAGUUCAGUCAUUAAAAAUUAAAAAUCAGGUGAUAGAUACACUGUUUGGAUUUUGUAUAGUCUUCAGUGUAGUGUAUACAAAGAAUUCCCCAAAUUAUAUUUAGAAGAAUUAUUUAAAUAAAUUAGAUAUUUUGAUAGUUAAAAUAAUAGCUGUAAAAUCCUAGACUACUUGUUUAAAAAGUCAAAUUUUCUAAGCUUUUAAGCUUGCUAAAUUGAACAGUGUACAACUCCAGAAACAAGAACUUGUAUACCUUAGGAAGGGAAAAAAUGAAAAAUGGUAAGAGUUAUAUUAUAGCCUUGUUUUAUAUUUUUCAUUCUGAUUUCUUUUAUAAAGUUCAGUCAUUUUGAUGAGAAAAAUGGGUAGGAGGAGUUGGUGUGUUGUGCCAAGCUAGAGCUAAGCAUUUUCAGAUGGUUGUAUGCGCUUAAGUUAUGGUAUAAUGCCAAAGUACAGCAAAAUAUUAUGGCAAUAAGUUAAAAGUUCAGUCAUUUAAAGCUUGACAUUUUGGUUUUCUGUAAUAUUAGAAUAUCUGGGUUAGGUGUGUUUUUCUAGAGUGUGUUAUUAAUGUUGAUUUCGUUGUAUGGAAAAAAAGCUUAACAUUAUCACUCCUGCCUGCUUUGCAGUCGUGUCUAGACCUCAUUGUUGUCUCACGCUGUUUGGCUCACUUGGUUUAUGCUAGCUGUGGAAAGCGAUCAGUAACAAUUUCAUGCUUAUACCAAAGAGGUAAAUCUGAUCUUUAGUAUUUGAAUUUUGCCAGUAAAUCUGGUGAUAAAGGAUUACUGGAAACCAGUAAAAAUAAUUGAAAAUAAAAUCUACUUUGUCUCCGUAAGCUAAGGACUGAUUGCAAAAUAUUUUUUGCAAGUAGGAAUGCUUAGAUUUGAUCCAUGAAUUACAAUCUUUAAACUGGUUUUGAAUUACUGGUAGCUUAUCUUAAAGCGAAGGGAAAACACCUGAGUGUGAGCUUGCUCUUGUGAAAAUAAGGUAUAAAGAUGUGUUUCACUUUCAUAUUAUUUUAAAUAUUGUACAGAGCUGCUAAUAAAUGCCAUUUUUUGGGAAAACCAUAAAAAAAGUUGCCCCAAAUAUCAGCAUUAAGUGCAUCAAACAACAAAGUAUCUUUGGUAUAUUAAACUUUGCUCUUCAUGCAUCUGUCAUUUUAUUUUUAAACAAAAGUUUUCCUUUGUACAUCUUAAUUAAAAUUCUUGAGUGCUCAUAUGUUGUAUAUAAAGAAAAGAAUAUGCUUUGUUGUAGUCAUCAUUUUUCACUUAAAAGCUUAUUUAUUUUUUAACACCUUAAAAUUUCCUUUGCGUCAAGGUGUAUACAAAACAUUAAUGCAGUUCAUCACACAAAAAAAUGUAUUUAAUGAGGAGAAGUGCUUUGUAGUGUAUUUUUUUUUUAAAGUUAAUUUAGGUCUAUUCUGAACUGUUGUUCAUUUUUAACAAAUAAAAUGUUGCAGGUCUCUUGGUUUGUUAUUAGCUAUAAAGAUUGUUGUAAUUUUUAGAGCGCUCUGUGCCUCGAGGCAUCUUUUUGUGAUUAUAUUUUUAAUUUUCAGGGUUUUCUAAGUACCAUAUAAAUUGAUAAAUCAGUGUCGGUUUGCAUCGACACCCUUUGACCAUUUUCAUUUCUUACUUGAAUAGAAAAUAGCCAGGAGUUAAAAAUUGACAAUCAGAUUUUCUUGGAAUGCAUUUUUAGAAGUCAUUCAAUUCAGUUCCUCUUUUUUCAGACUCAUUUUUUGACCUUAGACCUUUUAAUUACCAGUUCAUGUUAAUCUCAUGAAUUGAAAGUCCCUGUUAUCAUUGAGGAGUAGUAAGUGGUUGUAUCUAAGUAGGGGUGAGAGCUCAUGUUCCAAGCAGUGCUUAAUAGACUUUACUACUUUGGCAUUCAAGUCACAUUAGACCCAUACAAAGAAGCCAUUGUUCUAAUCAAGCAUGCAUUGUGUUUUUUUUUUCUAAUAGACUUCAGUUUUACCAAUUACAAGGAAAUCAUAAAAUACAAAUGAUACAAGUGUUAAGAAACCUGCAGAUUUUGUUGCCAAAUUAAUUUUAUUUUAUUUUUCGUUAAAUAUAGAGGUAUUUUGCUGUCAGUAGCUUUAUAAUUUAUACUUUAUGAAGUACUGAUAAUUUUUUGUUCUGAUUUUUAUUUAUUAUAAAGAAGAUAAGAGGAAAAAAUAGCUGACUUUGCACUACAAAAACAAACACUACCAAUUCACUUUUUGUUUUGGUGUCACACCAGGCGAUGUUCAGGAAUUACUCCUGUACAUGCUCUGGGGACCAUACGUGGUGGCCAGAAUUGAACCCGGAUUGACUGCAAGGCAAACACACUGCCCACUGUACUAUCAUUCUGACUCCAGAUUUCUUCACUUCUACUCAGCAUGCCUUGAAGCUUAUGACUUGGUUGUUAAGCCUGGGGUCGUAGCUCAGUGGUAGAGCAUUUGUGAGGGUUUGGGUUUAGUCUGACACUGCAAGAAGACAAAAGCAUUGUUAUUUUUGCCACUGUAAAAUGAAGAGCUCAGUGGUAGAGCAUUUGUGAGGGUUUGGGUUUAGUCUGACACUGCAAGAAGACAAAAGCAUUGUUAUUUUUGCCACUGUAAAAUGAAGUGUGUGAUUCAAGUUUCCCUUUAAAGAGGAUUCUCUUUGCAUAGAUCAAUUUGAAGUUUUUUUUUUUAAAAAUUAUACUAUUUAUUCCAAACAUUUACAAUAAAAGUUUUGAACUACUAUGGGCCAUAGUAUGGGUUCAAAGAUUUGCUUACAAAUGGUUGCCUUCUAAUGUGUCUUUUCCUUGUCAUCAUAGUUUAUUGUCUGAAAUUUGUUCAGUGAAUAGUUUGGUAAAACAAGUGGUGAUGGUUGUUCAGGUGUGAAACUGAAGUUUUGAAUUUAUUUAAAUGAAGUUUACAAAUGUUUAAAGAUGAAUUGGAAACGUU